UGCUGCGGAUUCACCCCGCGACUUUCAACUAUGGCCGCUUCCGGAAAAAAUGUUCGUAAAAUGUAAACAAAAGGAAAUAUUCAACGAAAAAUGCUCAACCCUCUUGUGUUUAUCAGCUCUGUGUAAUGGAUACAUAAGUGGAAGGGAAGUUAAACAUCUAUAACACAAUGGAAGCUGCACCAACCGAAUAUCUCUCAGCGGAAGAGCUUCGCAACAGACUAUAUCACAGUUUACGGAAUCGUGGACUUGUUGAUUCUGUCAAGUCUCAGUUGAGGAACAGUAUUGUAACAGAGCUACAGACUUCCUUGCGAGGACAGCUUUCACUGCGGGACCUGAAUGUACCAGAUGAAGGCACUCUUAUCCAUCGUGCAGCUAACAGUCUUGUUGCUGAUCAUUUUAAGGCCUGUCAGUAUGACUACUCUCUCAGUGUGUUUCUGCCUGAAAGUGGCCUCUCCCAAGACAAGGUGUUCAGCAUCCCAGACAUCCUCCAGCUGCUCCACAUCAGCCCUCAGUCCAGACUCUACACCAGACUGACCUCCGCCAUGAACUCAAGGUCAUCAAAAGGGUUCUUGUGGCAGUUCCUGAAUGAGAUGUCAGCUCUUCACGCUGGUGCUACACAUGAGUUUGGGGUUCAGACUGAUCUGAUCAGAGUUGGUCCUCUAACUUCAUUGGAUGACAAGCUGCAGAGCCUAGAGGACCUGUAUUCCUCUCGUCGAGAUGAACACAUGCGGACUGGUGUGGUGGCGGUGGAAGACAGGCUCUUGUCCUAUCAGAGGCAGCUGGAAGACAGAUACAACUCUGAGCUUAAACGGGAGCUUGCCAGGAUGAAGGACACAGAGAUAGCCCGGAUACGGCUUGAGGAGAAGGAAGAAUGUCGACGCCAGAUGGACCAGCAGCGCAGAGAGCUGGAGCGGACAUACCAGUCCAAGUAUGAUGCCUUGGUGGAAAGAGAGAGGAAUUCUAUAGAGAGGCUUCAGCGUGAACAAGAGAUUCAGGAGAAGGAGAUCUAUGCCCAGAGACAGACUCUACUGGAGGAGAUGGAGGUCAUGAGGCAGAGAGAGGUUGAGGUCAAGAGGGAAAGAGAACUCACACACAGGGAGAAGGACCUGCAAGGGGAACGUAACCGCGCCAAGGAGGAUGAGAUUCGACGGAGGGAGAUGGAGGUGAAGAGACAGAACACAGAGUUCACACAGAGGCUCCACAACGAGAUGGCACAGUUCAAGCUGGACACACAGGCUCGUUUCAUUGACCGGACACAGAAUAUUGAAAUCAGAGAAACUAAGGUCAAAGAGAUGGAAAGGAUUGUUUCGGAAGAGAAGAGUAAUCUGCAGUCCUACAAGGAUGAUCUGAGAGACAAGACUCACAGGGUCAAUGAACUGGAGACACUCCUUCAGGAAUCCCGACACUCAGAAGUAUCAGCCACCAGGCAGAAUGAAUACAUCAACUCCAAACUCCGAGAUAUGGCUGAUUACAAGACUGUCAAAGAACACAAUUCUGUUCUUCGUAAUGAAAUGGAGACACUCAGGACGAGAUUGUCUGAAGUUCUCACCAUGAACGAAAGAGAAAGGGGAAGACAAGAAGAGCUGUUCCGAGAGCUCCGACGUCCAAGUCCCGAGACGCUGCUGAUGCAGAGGGACUUGGAACGGGCUCGGGAGAACCUUCGACAGGAACAGGUGUUGUUUGAACAACAGAAACAGCAACUUGAGACACGGUUGAAGGAUGAGAUUGACCGGAACCGAGAGCUGGUCCGACACUACGAGGAGCAGACACUACAGAUGAAGGAGAUGAACAGAGAGGUGAUUGACCUACGCCAGCAUCUCGCCAUGACACACCAGGCUCUCAACAAUGAGGUGUACAGAAAGCCGCACACAGAGGAAGGUGGAGUACUUCCAAGUGCAUCUCACAUAUCAGUAGGCCAGGAAUCAAGACUUCGAGACACGUCUAAUGUACGACUGUCGAGUAGUUUAGGUCGUCUCUCCAGCAGUCAAGGUCAUCCUGGUCGAUAUGACGCCCGGGAUGUGUACAAUGAUAUUGAUGUUGACCUUGACUUUGGUGGUGGUCGUCAUGGAGAGAUAUCCGAGGAGGAGGUGUCGUCAGCAGCAUCAGCUGAUGUUGUAGCGGAGGCUAAGUAUCGACUAAAGAGUCUGGAGAAGGAAGCUCAGAAUUUAGAGCGAGCAUAUACCGACUUCCACUACCAGAUGACCAACGUAGCUUCUGUCCCGGACAGACUGUCCCCCACACGGGUCAGCCAGGGAGCAUCCCGAGGUUCCCAUCAUGCUGAGUCCCCUGCUCAGAGUCCCAUCAUGCAAAUUCGACCCAUGUCUUCCACUCCAUACCAGCAGGCCAGCAAGAAGUCGUCAUCGGCUGAAUAUGACAAUGAUAGUUUUGAGGAGUUGAGUGUAGGUCGAGACAAGGGCCGGGGAUCGGUGGAGCCUGUGCCGAGGUUCGACAUCUCCAACAUGUCUGAUGAUGGGCAAGACAAGGGAAAGGAGAUGCGAGUGAAGCACCGUCCGAUCACAGUAUCAGCUGAGGCGAGACCAGGGUCUCCUGGCAUCAUGGUGGUAGCUGCAUCUGAGUCAAGCGAUGGACAUAGUCCGGGUGAUGACCGUUUACACCGAGUUGAAACACAGGGUGAACGUCAUCAGAGGGAGGAUCUAACAACACCAGUUCUUCCUCCCCCAAGUCUUCCUCCAGUCUCCCUGGACGCUGCAUGGAAAGGUGGGGAGGUAGAUUUAGAGGAAGAGCGGAGGAAGUUGGAGGAGGAGCAUGAACGUCGUGAUGAAGAGAGACGCAGGAUAGAAGAAGAAGCUUUUGAAAAGGAACAAGAAGAACUCGAUCGACUAGAAGGGCGAGAUCCACCCAAGGCACACAGUAGUGCAGGAAGAGGAGAGACGCAGGAGAAGUCAGAUGAUGACGGGAUAGACCCAGUGAUGAAGCAGUACAUGGCCAUGGUGCAGAAAAACAAGGAACAUGAGAAACAGGAGAGCUCCAAGGUUGCUCAGAAGACUGUUGACACAUGGUCACAGGGUCACAAGCAGCAGGAAGGAUCUCCAUUGCAUACAGAUAAUGACAUCUCCAUUGCUGAUGACCACCACAGCCCAAAGGGAUCUGAUGAUGAUUUUGAAUGGUGAGAGGCACUCGGUACCAAUACUACCUCCAGUGAAGACUGUCAACAUCCCAUCAAGUAUUAUUCUACAAGGCCAAACCAUUCCCUCAGACUCAGGAACCACCUUGACUCCUGUGUCGUCUCUAUAUGAUGAAUAUACAACUCUGCCUUAAUGUCUGUCCACAAACUCUUUUAUUGAUCACAAUAGUUCACAAAUAACAAGGAAAGUAAAUGAAAUGACAAUUCUAAAUGUGGGAUGCUUUGGGAUAUUAAUUCCAUCCCUCAGGUUCUGCUGAAGGCUCACACACCCAGAAUUAUGACUUUAACCUGACAUUUUCUCAUCAUACACACAGCGUUAUCAGACCUGCUCACAUGCUGUUUUUUGGCCCAGAUGUAAAGCAAAUGUCGUAGCAACUUCCUAAAUAGGCAUUAUGCUGUUAUGCUGUUCUAGUUUAUUGACCAUCAGUGUUCAUUCAAGCAUUUCCAAAAAGUGAGCCCAGAGUCCACCAGCCCUCAGUUCUGUGGGUCAUUUAGAAAAUAUUGUGGGUCAUGUCAAAUUGCUGUGACUUUUUAGCCAUACACUACUAGUUACUAGUAUGAGGUCAGUUCCUUUUUCAAACUUCCAAUCAAGGUGAGGUCAACAAGAGAAAGCAAAAAUGUACUUGUGUUUUGCUUGAGUUGCCAAGCGAAAUGAUGCAUUUCAGGCAUUUAUUGAUGCGCCGACAACAACAACCCACUCGUACCUGUAAAAAAAAAUUUUGUUUGUUAUUUUAUUUUAUUUUAUUUUAUUAAUAAAUGGCACAAGCACACGACCUAGAUUGAACACUGGAUCAUUGCCAUGUAAUUUGAUGAGGAAGCAACUGUAACUCGAUUUUCAGUGCUGUUUUACCAAUUAUGCUAAAUGGACACUCUUUCAGGUUGUUAUUGAGACUGGUUAUUGGCAGGCAUUGAUGUUUUAUAUUUUACUAAUAAGAGGAGAAAGAGGUGUAAAUGUUUAUUUCUACAACUGUGCAACAUUCAAAGUAAAGACACUGCAUUUUUAAAGAAAUUAUAUUUUAGAAAUCACAAUUUUAAAAAAAACACCCCAUUUCCCCAAAAUUUGCUUACCAGAGGCACAUAAUUUGGAAUCCCAACAUAAAGCCCCAAAAGAUGGCUUGGAUAUAUUUACAUCUACAGAUUGCUGAGAGUGGCAAAACCCCAAUACUCCUCCCUCUCUCAUAAGACAAGUUACCACUGAUAAACUGUCUAAUCAGCAUGUUAACAUGCUCAAUCAUGUGCUCAGUUUCUAUUGCAGUAAUUAAAUACUUUUGUUGUGUGUAUGAAUUCAGUUGUAUAGAAAGUGAAUAUGUAUAAUGACUGUUAGUGGAUUGCUUUGUGUGAUCUCUGUAUAUAGUGGUAAGUUAUUUAUGCCUAUGUCCAAAGUUAUUGUCAUGGAUGUAUGCAAAGAUUGGAAUGAUGAAGGUCUGAUAUUUUACCUUGUAUAUAACAUUUGCAUAUUUUUCUUAAAAAUUGAAAAUAAAAUGUGUUUGUGUGUUGUAAUGAAUUUAUGUCAAUAAAUUAUGUCUGUUAUACCUGUAAUAGGUUUUUAGAUAGAAUACAAUGUGGAAUCUUGAAUGAAGUAAUUUGCUUCCACCCUUACCCACUUGGGAUGACAUAAAUGUAUUCAAAUCUCAUACUUUAGAACUUUUUCAAUAAUCAUGACCUAAAAUGUAUUACUGUGUUUAACUGUAUGUUUUAUUACUUUUCACUGAAUGAUUUAUAUAUGAAUUACAACAGAAGAAUUUCAAGUCCGUCCAUUUAUUGUUCAUGUUAGUAUCUGUCAAUCAGUUAUGUGAACAUGCAGCCUGUAUAAAUAUAUAAUUUCUGUAAA